UUUCCCAGCGUGCAUUGCACCUUCUGCAGCCGCCAUAUUGCCUUCACCUAAACGCGCUAGCUAGAACGGCUCCUUCUCCCAAUUAAAAAUUGUUGCAGUGAUGACUCAGACGGUUCAGACCAAUGGGGUUCAGCCGCUCAGUAAGACCUGGGAGCUGAGUCUGUACGAGCUGCAGAGAACACCACAGGAGGCGAUCACAGAUGGACUGGAGAUCGCUGUGUCUCCCAGGUCUCUGCACAGCGAACUCAUGUGUCCGAUCUGUCUAGACAUGUUGAAGAACACAAUGACCACCAAAGAAUGUCUGCACCGCUUCUGCGCUGAUUGUAUCAUCACAGCUUUGAGAUCCGGAAAUAAAGAGUGUCCCACCUGUCGUAAGAAGCUGGUGUCCAAGAGGUCACUGCGUCCAGACCCAAACUUUGAUGCUCUGAUCAGCAAAAUUUACCCGAGCCGCGACGAGUACGAAGCCCAUCAGGAGAGAGUGUUGGCGCGUAUCAGCAAACACAACAACCAGCAGGCCCUGUCCCACAGCAUAGAGGAGGGGCUGAAGAUCCAGGCCAUGACCAGACUGCAGCGCGGUAAGAGACACACGGUGGAGAACGGCAGCGGAGCAGAGGACAACGGAGACUCCUCCCACUGUAGCAACGCCUCAGUCCACAGCAACCAGGAGGCGGGUCCGAGCAUUAAGCGCACCAAGACGAGCGAUGACAGCGGCCUGGACAUGGACAACGCUGCUGAGAACGGGGGCGGGGACUCUGUCAUCGAUGGCGGUGCCAGCGAGAUAGAGUUAGUGUUCAGGCCACAUCCAACGCUGAUGGAGAAGGACGACGGUCACAACAGUGUGGAGUUUGUUCCUCGGUACAUCAAGACAUCAGGUAACGCCACAGUGGAUCACCUGUCAAAAUACCUGGCUGUGAGACUGGCUCUGGAAGAACUGAGGAGAAAUGCAGAGGCCAGUCCUGUCAAUGUGGAGGCGGCUUCAGAGAAACAAUACACCAUCUACAUACCUACUGCUGGAAACCAGUUCACUGUUCUGAACGGUUCCUUCUCCCUGGAGCUGGUCAGCGAGAAGUACUGGAAGGUCAACAAACCCAUGGAGCUCUAUUUUGCUCCCACUAAAGAACACAAGUAGACCCAUACAAACAAAUACACACACACCCA